CUGUUGCUACGUCAGCAGGAGACUCAGCCAGCUCUCGAGUCACGAUCCGCUGUGGAGGAGACACUGCAAAAAGUACUGGCUGAUAUCAGAAGAAGAGAAAGCUCAGAAGAACCAGUGCUGGAAGUCUCUCUUCAUAGAUACUUACUCCGACGUAGGAAGAUACAUUGACCAUUAUGCUGCUAUUAAAAAGGCCUGGGAUGAUCUCAAGAAGUAUUUGGAGCCCAGGUGUCCUCGGAUGGUUCUCUCUCUGAAAGAGGGUGCUCGCGAAGACGACCUGGAUGCCGUGGAAGCGCAGAUUGGCUGCCAGCUGCCCGCCGAUUGCCGCUGCUCCUACCGGAUCCACAAUGGCCAGAAGCUGGUGGUUCCUGGGUUGCUAGGGAGUAUGGCCCUGUCUAACCACUACCGCUCGGAAGAUCUGUUGGACGUGGAUACAGCCGCCGGGGGCUUCCAGCAGAGACAAGGCCUGAAGCACUGCCUCCCUCUCACGUUCUGCAUCCACACCGGUUUGAGCCAGUACAUAGCCGUGGAAGCUGCAGAGGGCCGGAACAAAAACGAAGUUUUCUACCAGUGCCCCGACCAAAUGGCUCGGAACCCAGCUGCUAUCGACAUGUUUAUCAUAGGUGCUACUUUCACUGACUGGUUCACCUCUUACGUCAACAACGUGGUCUCAGGGGGCUUCCCCAUCAUCCGAGACCAGAUCUUCAGGUACGUGCAUGACCCUGAGUGCGUGGCCACGACGGGGGACGUCACGGUGUCGGUCUCCACCUCGUUCCUGCCGGAGCUCAGCUCCGUCCACCCGCCCCACUACUUCUUCACGUACCGGAUCAGGAUCGAGAUGUCCAAGGACGCGCUCCCUGAGAAGGCGUGCCAGCUGGACAGCCGCUACUGGAGGAUCACCAACGCCAAAGGGGACGUGGAGGAGGUGCAAGGCCCCGGCGUGGUCGGUGAGUUUCCGAUCAUCAGCCCAGGCCGGGUGUACGAAUACACCAGUUGUACCACGUUCUCCACGACGUCAGGAUACAUGGAAGGGUAUUACACCUUCCACUUUCUGUACUUUAAAGACAAGAUCUUUAACGUUGCCAUCCCUCGAUUCCAUAUGGCAUGUCCGACGUUCAGGGUGUCUGUAGCCCGAUUGGAGAUGGGCCCCGAUGAGUACGAGGCGAUGGAGGACGAGGACGAGGACGAGGACGAGGGUGAGUCGGCAGACGUGGGGGAGUCGGACGGAGACGAGGAGGAGCACCGGAGGGUCUUCGACGUGCCGGCCCGCAGACGCCGCUGCUCACGCCUGUUUUAGCCAGGCCUGUGUGGCCGGAAGACUGGUGGCUCUGGGCCGUCUGGCGGGUUCCCAAUCCUGUAAAUAGCGGCACCGCCCUCGGCCUGUGGUCGCCCGGGCCCUGGUUCCCCGACGCUGCGUCCGGCCGUCAUCCUGGUUCGCUGUGUUUUUGUGGUAGAAGAGAAAAUGAGGGCUUCCCCCACCACCCCAGAGUCAGAGGAGGAAUCGUUCUUUAGCUAAAGAACAGCCACUUUGUUUUCAUAUAUUUUGUACGUGUAAGGAUACAAAAAAGGAUGGAGUGGUUUUGAGUAAGGGUUUAAAAUGUAGCAGAAACACGCCAGCAGCGAGACCGAGGGCUGAGCCUGCGAGGCCGUCUCCGGUGCUGAUUCGGAGCACGCAGAGCUGGUACUUAGGCCGGUCCCUCUAGUGACCCUCGCGUUUUGUGCUCAGGGAGCCGACGCGCUCCGUGACCUGACGCCUGUGGUCUGCCCCUCCUUUGACAAUCCCUCUUUGAAUCAGUCUUCAGCACGACGACCCCACGCCCUGUCCCCCACAUCGUUUCUGACACGCAGUAUGCACCAGUCCGUGCCCCACCGUUUCUCCACCGUGUCUCAUGUGGCCUGUCUAAACUCUGCCCCAUGGUGUCCCCUAGACCUGGCCUGUCUAAACUCUGCCCCACGGUGUCCCCUAGACCUGGCCUGUCUAAACUGCCCCGCUGUGUCCCCUAGACCUGGCCUGUCGACCCUGUGCUAGUGACAUGGACCUUACGUGAGCUUCAGUAUGUUUUCCUGAAACAUGGGGUUUUUUGUAAUUAGAUAAUUGUGAGUUUGGGAUGGAAUCUUUCAGGUGUCAAAAGCUCAUAUUUUAAAAGCAAACUUUGGUUCCAA